AAAGGCCGCAGGACGAGUGAUGGACGUAGAAACACCUGAACAUCGACCAUGAAGGUCUCCCUCCUCAUCGUCGCGCUCGCCGCCGUGGCCUCCGCCGCCCGCCUCCGCCACCAGUCCUCCUCGGCGCCCACGAGUCUCUACGUCCACACCCAAGAGGAGGAAAACCCUUCUUACUCGACCUCCUACUCCGUGGCCAACGAUGACACGCACGACCACAAAGUCGUCGAGGAGUCCCUGAUGGAUUCCGUGACGAGGGGCUCCUACCAGUACCUCAGACCCGACGGCGUCCUGCAGGUGGUGAGGUACGUGGUCACCAAGGACGGAGGAUACCAGGCGGAGGUGGAGGAGCUCCCCGGCCCUGGGUUAUCCGCCGAACAGAAGACGCCGACUCAGUCCUAUGCAGCCCCAGAAAUCAAGGUGCAACAACCAACUCAGUCCUACGCGGCCCCAGAAAUCAAGGUACAACAACCAACUCAGUCCUACGCGGCCCCAGAAGUCAAGGUGCAACAACCAACUCAGUCCUAUGCGGCCCCAGAAAUCAAGGUGGAACAGCCAACUCAGUCCUACGCAGCCCCAGAAAUCAAGGUGGAACAGCCAACACUGUCAUACUCUGUUCCAGAAAUCAAGAUAGAAGAACCAACACAGUCUUACAUUGCCCCAGAAGAGCCCGUACAGACCUACAUUGCCCCAGAGAUCAAGAUCGAAGAGCCAACUCUGUCGUACAUCGCUCCAGAAGAACCAGCUCAGUUAUACAUCGUUCCAGACACAAAAGAAGAGCCAGUCGUCCAGCUCUAUGAAGCUCCUGAAGAGACCCCGAUCCUAGUCUACGAAGCCCCAGAAGAGACCCCCACCCAGGUUUACGGAGUCCCAGAAGAGACCCCCACCCAGGUCUACGGAGUCCCAGAAGAGACCCCCACCCUGGUCUACGAAGCCCCAGUGAUCAAGCUCGAGGAACCCGCCUCCCUGUACGAAGUCCCAAGCGAGGCCCCGGUCCUGUCCUACGAGACCCCGGACAUCAGCACGAUCCCUCUCUCCAGCCCCGUCUUCGCAGUCUUCGACGUCUCGGAAGACACCCACGUCGAGCAUGCCCAUGACCACGGACAGGACCAUGCCACUGCCCACGAUCACGGCCACGGGCACGAACAUAGCCACGGACAUGACCACGGCCACGCUCAAGUCCACCACGCUCCCAGUCACGCGUACGCCCACGCCCCAGCUCCCCAGCGCCCGAUCCCCGUGCCCUUCUCCUUCCCCGUGGCGCCGCUGGGCCUGCACUUCCCCGCCCCCCCUAGUCGCCCCAGCUACCCCGUCAUCCGCCAGCCACCGGUGCGAAAACCCUCUGGAUUCUCCCUCAGCUUCUUCGACAAGUUCAGACUCCCCUUCCUGCAGGGAUUCAAGCUCCCCUCCUAUAAGGCGUUCAAGCUCCCCUUCCAGUAAAGGUUUCCGAUUCCCUAUAGUUCGCAGAUUCCCUGAGCUCAGUCUCCUGGUCGAGAUGUGAGCGGCUUAGAAUGAUCCUUAACUUCAUGUUAAUUUAUGUUAUUUAAUUUUGAAGUUAGCGUGUUGUUUGUACAAUAUUUGCGUGUGUUUUAUAUAGAGUUUAUGUAUUUUUUACAAAUAAAUAU